GAGAAAGAGGUGGCAUGGUGAGACUAAAAGUCUGGUGAGCUAUGGAACUCAAGGCCAGGAGGGAAGUCGUUCCCUAUAAACGCUAUGUAACCAAAAAAUACGCAUUCUUUUGCAUUUCAUUUCUCUCUCUCUCUGUGUGUUUGUGUCUGUCUUUCUAAAUUGUCAUCGUUAGAGAGAAAAUAGACAUAUAUGAUGAGUGAGAGUAAUAUAGAAGAAAUGGGCGUUCGUUCUCUGGUAAUGGAAACACUAAGCGAGAAGGUCACAUUCAUGAGGGAGUCUCUGCAGAAGAGCCAAACCUUCACAGACAACAUGGUCACCAUUCUUGGCUCUUUUGACCAUCGCCUCUCUGCCCUUGAAACUGCCAUGCGCCCUACUCAGAUAAGGACGCAUUCGAUUAGGAGGGCACACGAAAACAUUGAUAAGACACUGAAGGCUGCUGAGGUCUUUUUGGCCCAAUUUGAUCUUUCACGCCAGGUAGAGGCUAAAAUAUUGAGAGGGCCACAUGAAGAUUUAGAAAGCUACUUAGAAGCAGUUGAUCAACUGAGGAGCAUUGUGCGUUUUUUUAGUAGUAACAAAAGCUUUCAGAGUAGUAUCGGGGUGCUUAACCAUGCCAAUAACUUACUUUCAAAGGCUAUCCUAAAACUAGAAGAGGAGUUUCGACAACUCCUAACCUCAUACAGCAAACCUGUGGAACCUGAUCGUCUUUUUGACUGCCUACCCAAUUCUUUGCGACCAUCAUCAGGAUCGCCAGGCAAUGCUAGUGGCAAGAAACCAUCUUCUCAUAGCUUAGAAGCAGCUGUUUACACUGUUCCAACUCUCAUUCCCCCCAGAAUUUUGCCAUUACUUCAUGAUUUAGCUCUACAAAUGGCUCAUGCUGGUCACCAACAGCAAUUGUUCACUAUUUACAGGGAAAUUCGUGCUGCAAUUUUGGAACAAAGCCUCAGAAAACUAGGCGUGGAAAAACUUACUAAAGAUGAUGUCCAAAGGAUGCAGUGGGAGGUUUUAGAAGCUAAGAUUGGAAAUUGGAUUCAUUUCAUGCGCAUUGCUGUUAAACUUCUAUUUGCUGGGGAAAGGAAAGUUUGUGAUCAAAUAUUUGAAGGUGUUGAUUCCCUUAGGGAGCAGUGUUUUGCAGAUGUUACAGAAAGCUGUGUGGCUGUGCUCCUUAGUUUUGGAGAGGCUAUUGCAAAAAGCAAGAGAUCACCAGAAAAAUUAUUUGUUCUUUUAGACAUGUAUGAGAUAAUGAGAGAACUUCAGCCAGAGAUGGAAUCAAUUUUUGAAAGUAAAUAUUGCAUGGAAAUGCGAGAAUCUGCCGUUGUUUUGACAAAGCGUUUGGCCCAGACAGCGCAAGAGACAUUCGGUGAUUUUGAAGAAGCAGUAGAAAAAGAUGCCACAAAAACUGCUGUUCUAGAUGGAACUGUCCAUCCUCUCACUAGCUAUGUGAUAAACUAUGUAAAGUUUCUAUUUGACUAUCAAUCAACACUAAGAAAAUGA